UUACAGUAGGAUAUAUAAAAAAAUCCCACCUCAGUCUGUGACUAGAAAUUAAGAACAAAAUGGCACAAGUUCAUACCGUUUGCGUGGCAGACAAAUCGAAUCAAAAGGAUGAUAGCAGCGAAGAAAGUGGCGACGAAGACAAGGAUCAGUCCAACUACUUCACCUGCUUGGUGUGCAUGCUCACUGCCCGCACUCCGAGGGUAAGCUUCUGUGGCCACCUCUUCUGCGCCAAGUGCAUUCGUAACUGGAUCCGAACUAAGGGAUCGCGGGCCAAGUGUCCCUAUUGCCAAUCGCGGAUCGGGGAGAACACCCUCAUCACCAUAAGUCAAUCGCGCAACCAGGAGCGCAAGAAUUCUUGCAAGAGCCUUGAGGAUCAUCGUCGCAGAAUGCUCAAGAGUAGCGAUUGUGUGCGGGAGUUGGCCAUCUUGCCCGAGGCGGGCAUGUUUUUGCGCGGCUUCAUCGAUUACCCGCCGGAACCAAUGCCCAGGAUUAAACCUCUGCCGCCCCAGAUGCUCCGCCAGAUGUCCCGGCGUUCCGUGCGACGCACCUACAUGGACCACUCGCUCCACCAGCGGGCCAUGACCUUUGUUAUUCUGCUGUUCCUAUUCGCCAUGUACCAAAGUGGCUUCUAGCUGGCUGAUGAGCUUUGUAUGUUUUUUAUACCGCUGUGGACGUCAUCUAAAUUCAAGAUUCGUUUAACGAUGAUUUCGUGCUUUGCUGUUUUAUCAAAUGAUUUUGAAUAGAGACUUUAUACACCGUCGGCUUCAGAUUAGUGACUAAUUGGCCUUCACUAGGGUGGAUCACUAAAUAUAUGUUGUUACAAGCCACCAGAUGCAGGUCCAAAUCUGAAAGCCAAAACAUUUUAAUGCCUGUUAUUAAAUAUUAUAAUAUUUUUCGUUAUAUCAUAA